CAAAAGUAAAUGUCAUAAUAGGAGAAAACAACUGUCUUGCAUCACCACGAGCGUGGGCUCUCUCUCUCCUUUCUCGACGACGACUGGGCCACCGUCGCUGCCGCCUGCCGCCCUACGCCAGGUGCCAAGCAGCCAGGUGUUCUUGGGGCCCUUCGCCGGCGACGAGCACCACCAGCUGAAAUAUGGCGAGGAUACCGUCUCUGAAGAGCCUCAAUGCGUUUCCACAUGCGGAAGAGCACUUGUUGAAGAAGACUUACUCUGGCGCUGUUGGUAUGGUCUACGGGGACCCUAUUGUUCUGUAAUUGUUCCCAAUGGUUGCUUAAAUAUAUGGUUUCGAGGCUUGUCUUUAAUUUCCACGUCAUCGAUGUCUUGGCAGUGACAAUUUUUGGGCUACUUAUAAUGAUUACACUGUUUGUGCAUGAGCUGCAGUUUUAUCUUACCACCUACACGGUGCAUCAGGUAUGAUUGGCCACAGCUUAUAUCUUCAUGUUUGACUGCUCACUGCUAUAUGCAACUUUUCAAUGUAAUAUUCACAGAGACUUUUGUUCUCCCCUUCAAAUAUAUUUUAGUUUUUUUCCGAGGCACUGUGAAUAUGCCUGUAGAAAACAGGGCCUUAUCCAAAGUAAAUGCUUAUAUUUCCUUUUUCAAGAUAAUUCUAGUUGGCAUGUUGGGGGCUGAGUUCAAGCGUCGUCCAGCAACCUGAUCAAAUUAUCAUUUUGAUGGCAAUUCCUUUAUUUGAUAUGAAACAUGAUUAUAAAUCAAUUUCAUUGUUCAAUUAUUCAUGCGUUUUCUGAUGUUGUAGUUUCUGUUAAUUGUCCUUGAUGAGAUUGUGGCAAAGUCAUUUUCCUUUCAUUGAGCUUAUCCUUCCCAACAUCUGUAUCAUGAACCCUUCACCAGUUAUUACGGUCUGCAGAUGUCUGUAGAUCUGAAACGAGGAGAAACUCUGCCAAUCCAUAUCAAUAUGUCAUUUCCUUCUUUGCCAUGUGAAGUAUUGAGUGUGGAUGCAAUUGACAUGUCUGGGAAACAUGAAGUUGAUUUGCAUACAAAUAUUUGGAAGCUUCGCUUGGAUAAGUAUGGCCAUAUAAUCGGUACAGAGUACUUGUCUGACCUAGUUGAAAAGGGGCAUGGGGCACAUCAUGAUCAUGACCAUGAUCAUGACCAUCACGAUGAACAAAAGAAGCAUGAACAAACCUUCAACGAAGAAGCAGAAAAAAUGAUCAAGAGUGUGAAACAAGCACUCGGAAAUGGUGAAGGCUGCCGAGUCUAUGGGAUGUUGGAUGUGCAGAGAGUGGCUGGUAACUUCCAUAUCUCAGUGCAUGGUUUGAACAUUUUUGUUGCUGAAAAGAUUUUUGAAGGGUCAAACCAUGUGAACGUCAGUCAUGUUAUCCACGAGCUGUCAUUUGGCCCAAAGUAUCCAGGAAUUCAUAACCCACUGGAUGAAACUUCAAGGAUACUUCAUGACACAAGUGGAACCUUCAAAUACUAUAUUAAGGUUGUUCCGACUGAGUACAAAUAUCUGUCAAAGAAAGUAUUGCCAACAAAUCAGUUUUCUGUCACUGAGUAUUUUCUUCCCAUCCGUCCAACUGACAGGGCCUGGCCAGCGGUUUACUUCCUGUAUGAUCUGUCACCAAUUACAGUCACCAUCAAAGAGGAAAGAAGGAACUUCCUUCAUUUUGUAACUCGUCUAUGUGCAGUUCUUGGUGGCACAUUUGCCAUGACAGGAAUGCUUGACCGGUGGAUGUACCAGCUUAUCAAGACAGUCACCAACUCAAAGACCAGAAGUGUACUGCGGUAAUUGCACAAGUCAUGAUGGAUGGAAAACCGUUGGUAGUGUGGUACCCGUGGCUAAUGGAGCCCAUAGAUCUUUGCCCGAAGCUAACUGAUCAAGCCAUGUUGAUUUUUGCAUGUUUUAUUUUCUUCUUACAUGGUUAACUUAUAAUACGUCGUUGUUUUUUUUUUCAUCAACUAUGUUAGAUUAACACAGUCCACGGACUACAUUGUUAACUAUGUUGGUAGUGGAACUGAAAUGCCAAGCCGAUCUUGAUC